GCCAUCACUCGUUCAGGGGCCACUCAUACAUCGUCUCUUCGGGCUCAUCCGCCGCACAGCCUUGGUCCCUAUGCCCCCGUAAGAUUUGCAGGUGAAGGUGGAUCGUAAGUCUGCAGGACACAGAGAGGUGAAAGUGACCUGUAGCUCCACCUGCAGACCCAGUGCAGAACUUUCUUACUACUGGUACAGGAAUGGACAAUACCUGGCAUAUACAAAUGAUUCCAGUAUUCUGCUAGACAUCACUCGUCCAUCUGAUGAAGGCAGCUACUUCUGUAAGAUGUAUGGCAGCUGGCAGCGCUUUCCUCCAGUGUGUGUUUCUGCUGAUUCAGCUCAGAACAGCUGCUGGAGUGUGACUUACUCCCCCACAGCUACCUGUGCUCUGAUUGGCUCAUCAGUGGACAUCCGCAGUUACUACACCUUCCCUGAUAAUCAGAAGGUCACUAAAUCAGUGUGGUUCAUUAAAGAGCAGGCUGGUGCUGAGCCUGUGGAUGUGAGAGAGGAUGAGGAGUAUCAAGGACGAGUGCAGUACAGACAGAGCUCCCAGAAUGACUGUAGUAUCAGAAUCACUCACCUGAGAGAGAGAGACGCUCAAACAUACAGAUUCAGAUUCUACACUGAUGGAGGUGAAUACACUGGAGAACCUGGAGUCACUCUGUCUGUCACAGAUCUGAAGGUUACAGUGUCAGAUACAGGCAGUGGAGGAAAGAAACUGAAUUGUUACAGCACCUGCAUUCUGCCAAACAACCUCACUUACAUCUGGUACAAGAAUGGACAGCCUGUGUCUGACCAGUCCAUAAACAAUACAGGACAGUAUCUGUAUGUCAGUACUGUGGAUGCGGGCAGCUACUCCUGUGCUGUGAAAGGACAUGAUGAGCUCCACUCUCCUGCUGCCUACCCCCAUCUGUAUCUGAACAUGUAUCUGGAGACUCAGUAA